AUGGUGUUUUUUGGCUACAUGGUCUUCAGCAUAGCGCUCGGGCUCCUGGCCGACAGGUAUGGACGCUGGAAGAUUCUGCUGCUCUCCUUCCUCUGGGGAGCCUACUUCUCCCUGCUGACCUCGUUUGCCCCAUCCUACAUCUGGUUCGUCUUCCUGAGGACCAUGGUGGGAGGCGGCGUGUCAGGCCACGCGCAGGGGCUUAUCAUAAAAACAGAAUUUUUACCUACCAAGUACCGAGGAUACAUGCUGCCCUUAUCCCAGGUGUUCUGGUUGGCAGGAUCCUUGUUAAUCAUUGGCCUGGCAUCAGUGGUGAACCCAACCAUCGGCUGGCGGUGGUUGAUCAGAAUCGCCUCCAUCCCCGGCAUCAUUCUCAUCCUGGUGUUCAAGUUCAUCCCUGAGUCAGCACGGUACAACGUGUCCACGGGGAACACAGCGGCUGCCCUGGCCACGCUGAGGAGGAUAGCCAAGAUAAACCGGGCGACGAUGCCCGAGGGGGUGCUGCAGGAGCCCCCCAAGGAAAGAAGAGGAAGGUUCAAGGACCUCAUCCAUCCCAAAUACCUAAGAACCACUCUGCAGAUAUGGAUCAUAUGGCUUGGCAUAGCUUUCGCUUAUUACGGAGUCAUCUUGGCCAGCGCCGAGCUGCUGGAGCGGGACCUGAGCUGCGGCUCCACAGCACCGCUGGGGGAGGAGGACCCCGGCCCUGCCUCGGAGGAGAGCCGCAGCCCCUGCCACUGCCGCCCGUUUGGCCCUUCUGCGUAUCAGACCAUGAUCAUCAGCACCGCCGGGGAGAUCGCACUAAAUCCUGUGAACAUCCUCGGCAUCAACUUCCUCGGAAGACGCCUGAGCCUGUGUAUCACCAUGGGAUGUACGGCGCUCUUCUUUCUUCUCCUUAAUAUCUGCACCUCCAGCGCAGGCAUGACUGGGUUUCUCUUCAUGCUUCGUGCCUUGGUUUCAGCAAACUUCAACACCAUCUACAUUUACACAGCAGAGGUUUAUCCCACUACAAUGCGAGCCUUGGGGAUGGGAACAAGUGGGUCAUUGUGCCGUGUUGGAGCUAUGGUGGCACCGUUUAUCUCACAAGUUCUUAUGAGUGCUUCUUUCCUUGGGGCCCUGUGUCUUUUCUCAUCCGUGUGUGUUGUGUGUGCAAUCUCUGCGUUCACGCUGCCCAUUGAGACCAAGGGCAGGGCACUGCAGGUUUGUAUUGCCACUCCAGGAGCUCCUGCAUAGCUAAAGGCUAUUUAGAAACUAGUAGGUUUUGAUUUGGCCAGAAAGCACCCCAAACUCUUCUGAGGGUUCAUAAGGCAAAAUAAGGACUGACAGAUAAACAGAGGAAGGUGCUGUCAUAGCAACUUAAAGCACUGUUACCCCAGUUGCCUCAGCUCAUUUCUCAUGUAAGAACAAACAAGAACGCCAGUCCUAACCCCAGCUCCCUCAUGGCAGCAUGUUAACCUAAAUUAGCGUAAGCACUUCUUUGUCCCAACUUGAAAUUGCUGUGCAUAUUCUGCUCUGCCUCUCUUGUAUGCAGAGAUAAUAGCAGAUACAAGUAACACCUGAAACUACUAAAUCCACUUCUAUAUCAAAUUCAAGUCAAAUGCCCCAGCUGCAUCAGCCCUUUAACCUAAACCCUUGUGACUAGUGUUUCCUAUAAAGCUUCAGAGGCAGUCAGACAAAACACUAAGCACAAAGAUUGAGAAGGAAUGUCAGUUUGAACUCUGAUAGCCUCCUAUGCCCAAGUAGCACUGAUUUAAUUACUAGAGGUGGUGAGCAAUUCUGUGGUUACAGGCAAUUCAGCUGUACCAGCAUGGAAAUUUUCAUACCAUGCAAGAGGCAGGUCUGCAUCACUCUGCAUAUCCCUCUGCAGUCUUACCCUAUAAGCCAGAAGACCAUGGGCUAGGUAAUCCACGUUCUUUAGCAACCUAGGGUCAGACAGAUGUUUGGCCAAACUGCUUUAUGUGGAAUUCAGGACCAGACUUAAUAUAUAUAUACAUAUACAAACACAUACAUGCAUUAUAUGCAUACAGACAUGCACACUGAAUUUCAUUGGGUAACAUCUAAGGUUUCCCAUGGGUAUGUGGGACAGUUAACCUUAGAGAUUUUGGGAAAGAAACAUAUUAAUCAUUGCUUGCCUCUUAAAAUGCAUGUCUUUUAGAAAUAUGGACUCAUGUUUUUAUGCCAUUUUAAAAUAUCUACAUGAUAUUUUGUAAAUGACUAGAAAAAAAUAUAAAAGCUUAAGAAGCUUUAAGUGAAAUUUAAUAGGAAGAAAUUUGAGUAGACAAAGCAACUCAUUUUUCCCAUGUGGGUGAAAUUCAACCCCAUGCACAGAUGCCAGGGACCCACAAUCCCUCAACUGGUUGGCUUUACAAAAAUUAUUAAGCAAACACUUCUUCAAAACUGCUUUAAACGCAAAAGGAAACCUCUGAUUCAGAUACAGAUAGAUUAAUGUUGGCUAGU